AUGUUUGGUCAUAGAAUAUUGUUUAAUAUUUCUAAUGUAAAAUAUUCUUUGGAUUCCGUGGUAACUUAUAGGUCAAUUGCUCCCAAGUUUAGCAAAAACACAUUUGGGUAUAAUUUUAUAAACCAGCUCUAUAUAACUACACUAAAGAAUGAUAAAAUUAACUCUAACAAUAAGUUUUCAACAGAUAUAAUCAAUAAUACUCUGAACCAUAGCCUGUUAACUAUCAGAUAUAUUACAAUAAAUAAUUCUAUUUUGAAAGAGAAUGGACUAUACGAUAAAUUAAUUUCAUGUGGAAGGCUAAUGAGGGUCCAUACCCUAAUGCCAGUUGUAAUUUUCGCCCUUCCAGCCAUGUGGAGUGCAGCUAUAGCUCUUCCGCCUGUUGUUACCUUUUUAGAGCUUAAGAAAAUCGCACUUUUAUGUUUGGGCGCCUUUUUCGCAAGAUCAGCCGGAUGUUGCGUAAAUGAUCUUGCAGAUCGGAAUUUUGAUAAAUUAGUACAACGCACUAAGAUUCGGCCUUUGGCCUCAGGCUCUAUAAACACAACAGAAGCGUUUAUUACUUUAUUGUUAAAUUCUACUGUUGCUUUGGGGAUUUUGUCUCAAUUUGAUCAUACCACGAUUGGCCUGGGAAUAUUAACUGGGAUAACUUGUUCAAUUUACCCCUUUAUGAAGAGAUAUAUUAAAUAUCCUCAGCUCGUUCUUGGCCUUUCCUCCAGUAUAGGAACACUAAUGGCUUGGACUGCCAUAAGUGGCAACCCCUUGACAAUGGCUCCAUUUUGUAUAUACUUAACUUCUUCACUCUGGUCAUUAAUUUAUGACACUGUUUAUGCCCAUCAGGAUAAAAAUGAUGAUAUUAAAUUAGGUCUAGGUUCACUAGCCAUUGAAUGGGGAGAUAAUACUAAAAAGAUGUGUAAUAUUAUAGCCUACAACAUGUCAAUUCUAAUGGCCAGUUGUGGUUAUCUCGCUCAUCUUACCGAUUUAUUCUAUGUAUCUGUGGUAUUAUCGCAUUUGUGGAUGCUCCGGGAGAUUAAGAAGGUCGACUUGAAUAAUCCCGCAAACUGUCUACUGUUUUUCAAAAAAUCGACAAUUUACGGUGGAUUGUUGUUAAUUGGGAUUAUUUUAGGGAAGCCUGAGCUUAAAUUUGACUUUAAAUCUGAAAAAUCUCUGGAACCGGCAGCUUCUUAA